AUGUGCAACGGAGAAUCCACACGCGUAACCCAAGGCGGCUCCAUCGCCGUCCUCCAUCCAACCCCGCCCUCCCCCGGCCGCCGCACACGCUCUUCCUCCUCUUCCUCCUCUUCUUCCUCAUCCAUCUUCAGCUCCUCAGACGACGAAACACAACAAGAAGAAAUCCUACUCUACUUCACCAACCCUCUCUCCAAAACAUCCGGCACAAACGUUGAAAUGGCUGGGUUUGACCAACAAUCUACGCAUGCGGCGUGGGUCGUUAUACAUCGCGACGGCGAUCUCUCGUCUUCAACAUGCAGCGCUACAAGUGCAUUUUGCUCUUUUCCGAUCAAGUCGCAAAACGGGCAGUGGGAACUCGAAGAUAAACUCGAGCUGGGUGUUGGUGAGAGGGGCAUUAUCGGGAGAAGAGUGUCGGUGUUGAGUGGGGCGAGGGAAGUGCUGGCGCAGGGGGUGAUUGGGUGGAACUGA